AUGAGCUUGUAGUACAAAAAGCACAUUAGGUUAAAGCAAUCAUGCCUUCGGAGUGUUUUGUACCUAACUGCAAAAAUACAGUAGGCAUUCCUUUUCCAGACGAUGAAGAACAAAAACAGAAAUGGUUGGAUGCUUUGAAUAUCACGGAUUUAAUUCCGGCAACAACAAGCUUUUUGUGUUCAGAUCAUUUUGAAGAUGCAGAUAAAGAAACCGAAAAUGAAGACCUGACUCAGGAAAAAAAUCAAGGUUCUAACAAUAAAUCAAAUUCUGAAGAUGAAACAGAGAAGUCUCAGAACCAGAAGCAAGAGUCCAAUAAACAGAAUAGCCAGGAGGAAACCAAAGUUAAAUCAGAAGUUCCAGAAGUGAUCAUGUUUGAUGUGGACCUAAAAACAUGUAGAUUGUGUAUGAUAGAAGAUAUCAAUCUUCUCAACAUAUUCGAAGCAGAAGUUGUUGAAAAUGUCCCGAUUUUGGUGUCAAUUUUAGCUUGUAUCCAUCCAAUUGAGAUUUCCAUUGACGAUGAACUACCCAAACACGUUUGCACUGCUUGCGUAGAAACACUCGCGACUUGCUUCAAAUUCCGAUCAAUUUGCCUAAAAAACGACAAAACCCAAAGGGAAGCCAGUGCAAAUCGAGGGUUGAAAAGAAAACCCUUUAAAAUACCCAAAAGAACAGUCAAAAGACUGCGUGAAGAUUCCGACGACUCUGGCGAGGAGAACAGAGAUCCGGAGCCAGCUCCUGAGCCUCCGAAGCCUCAGAAAAGCAAAUCGGAGAUCGACGCCAAGUUCGAUAGAGUAGAAGAGGAACUCAGGAAGGUCUUGGAAGGGUCCCUCAGCGAAGAACAAGCUGCUUCGGAAAACAUCAUCAUCCACAUAGAAAACGACGAGGACAGCAACGAAAAUGACACCCACGAAAAUGACACCCAGGAAAAUGACAUUCCCGAAGUCAUCCCUCCCUCUAUCACGACCAGGAGGGUGUUUAUACCGGGGGAUGAGGAUGAAGUGACUUCUUUGCCUAAAACUAUCAGUUUGAGGCCGCAAAAGGCGGUUAAUAGGACUUAUGGGAGGACUUCUGUGGGGAUGUAUGAUGGGGUUAAUGUUUCGUUUGCUUUCGAUACGAAAUUUUGUUUGGUGGAUGGGUUUUUGUUCGAGUAUAGGCUGAAGACUAGUGACAGACGGGAGAUGAGAUGUUUAACUCCAAAUUGUCCGAGUUCUGGUUACCAGUGGAAAACGCAAGAUGGAAAGUUUGCUCGAGAAGUAACCAUUUUGAAACCACACAACCACAAAAGAGUAAAUGUGGCCGAAAGAAAAAAGCAAAUGUUUCAUUACGUGAUGAGAAAAAAAGUGCAGAGCGACAAGACUAUAAAUUUCAAAGGAGUGUACGAGGAUGUUUGCCAAUAUGAUCCAAAAAUAAGAGACUUAGUGCCUCUCAGAGAGAUCAUCAACAUAAUCUGUAGGAAUCCUCUAUUACAAAGCGUACCUACAGUGCGUUCGUUUGAACACCUCUUCAACGAAAUAGACAAAGAGGCUUUCGAAAAGUUCCAGUUCACUUUUAGCGGCAAACAAUUUUUCCAAGAGAAAAUAACAGCUUCGGAUAAUACCAAGGCUAUCAUUUUCGCUAACAGCCAUUUUGUGGGCGAGAUAAUGGACAGCGAAUUGAUGUACGUGGAUGCUUCGUUCAAUAUCGACACCAACGAGACGUUUUCCUAUCAGUUGGUAACUGUGCUGAUUUUGGUGGAGGACAAUUACUACCCCAUCCUCUACGCUCUGAUAAACCGCAAAUCUCAAGAAAUCUACAAAAAAAUAUUCGGAUACCUUCACGACACUUUGGCGCCCAACUUACGGCCCGACGAAAUCGUCACAGAUUACGAGGCCGACCUCUAUUACGCCCUAGGAGAAACUUAUUUAGACUCUAGCAUAGGCGGCUCUGUGUUCUUCUACGCCAAAAACAUUUACAAAAAAAUUUGCACGCUGCAUUUGGCAAAAGAUUUGGAGAACAACUCGUCCUUCAGGACUAUUUAUCACAUGCUGGUGAUGCUCCCGCUUUUGCCUGUCAACACCAUCGUUGACGGCUUGUCAAACAUCGAAACCCAAGCUAAAGGCUUGGGUUUGCACGAUUUAACCAAGGACGUUUUCGAGCAUAUUCAGUCCGAGUGGAUCACCAAGGUCACUCCUGAUCUGUUCUGCGUUCACAGACUCGAAAAUAGGAUACAUGAGAACGUUAUGUCCCCUUUCAAGAAGCUCAGAGACCUUUUGACAUUGUCCAAAGGAAAGCUGCAGAAGCAGAACCUAACUAUUGUCUCCGUGCUCAAUAAAAUCAUGGACUUGGAGCACUUUACCCUGACGAUGUUUAACGCUCCUUCGAAGAAAGCCUUCAUCAGAAACCUGAGCUGUUCUCAGAAAAGAAACGUUUUAAGAGCGUGGCAGUACAUUGAGACCCAUCCCAAAAUAAACAUCAACAAUUUUUUCACCAAAGUUGUGGGGUACAUCAAGAGUAUGGAGAACCAGCUGUGGAUUUGGGGGUACUACAGGUACGGGGGGGAGUUUAAUGAGGGGUUGAUAAACGCGACGAAUUUCUCCAUAGUGUCAAGUAAUGUGGAUAUUGUUGCUGAGAAAGAUGAUGGCAUGGAGUAUGUAGAGGAGUUUGGAGAAGAGUUGGAGGAUGAUGAGGAGAGGGUUUCGCCGAUUAUUAUGGAGGCUGUAAUUACGGAGAAUGGGGGUGUUGAUUAUGUGUUGCAGAAUAGUGGUUAUAAAAAAUAAUUAACAAAUAAAUUUUUUUUA